AAAACACAAUGAUACAAAGCAACACAGAAGGUUGCUAUUGGGUUCUGAGUACAAUGAAUGAAUAAAUCAAAAAACUGAAAAACAAUGUAGCUAACUAGAAAGUCUGUCUGUAGACAAGACUUCUAUUCCCCAAUUUGCUGCUAUUUUUCGUGGCAGAGGAGACAUUUUGAGCUUCGCAAAAUCCAGUACUUAAUCUCUAACAUCUGACAUUAUUACUUUCUCCUGCAUCUUCUCUAGUUCACUGAUAAUGGAGAAGAUAGAGUAGUAGUUGGAACCCUUGAUCUUAACCAGUGCCUUUGGCUUCCUGAUGAAAUAGCUGGAAAGAAACCAGAGGUACUAAAUCGAUGUCAAUAUUGACUUUCCUCAUGCAAUGUUUGCUUAUUUAUUUAUUUCCUGUACUUCAAGGACUCUUUUUUAUAACAUAAGUGAACUACACUAGGAAUUUAUUUCAACAGGGGUUUAGUGCUGAUUUUGCAAGAGGAUACUUGGCAAAUGUAUGUGUUGCAAAGGAGCUGCACAGAAAUGGACUGGGUUAUGAACUUGUCAAAAAGUCAAAAAUAGUUGCUGAAGAAUGGGGCAUAACUGAUCUGUAUGUUCAUGUUGCUGUCAACAAUGAGCCGGCAAAGAAACUGUACAUGAAAAGUGGUUUUGUAUAUGAGAAUGACGAGCCUGCAUGGCAAGCUAGGUUUCUGGACCGCCCACGAAGGAUUCUAUUAUGGAUUGGUCUCCCUGGUACUCUUGACUUGUAAUGUUACAUUCUACAUUCUGCUUUGAAUGCUUUGUUGAGUAAUAACACUCUUAUAACUUACCCCUAUAGAAUUUGGAUAAUGAAAUGAACUAAAACCU